AUGCAGGAUCUUCCAAAGCAGCUAUAUGGCAAUGAUUGCGGCAUCUUUAUGUUGAUGUAUUCACAGUACACUGUACUGGAAGCGCAGUUUGACUUCACAGUUGAAGACAUGCCAACUCUGAGGAAAUGGUGGUGUUUGUUACUGAUGGAGACCUUUGACCUUGGGAGCUAUGGCAAAUUAUUUGCCCAUUGGACGGAGGAAGCCAAGGCUAUGCUUCGAGGGGAAGUACAGCCAGUUCUGAGGGUGAAAAAGCGCAAGUUGCAACAGACAGACCUGUUGCCUGCUACACAAGAACGUUGA